AUGACUCCCGCCAGUCUCUACAGUAGCAGUAUAAAGAUAACACUACCCACACAACCCAACUCGAUCAGAAACCCAUCAUUCAGCCAACAUGGCAGACCCAACGAACACCACUCUCCCUCCUCCCAAAUUCGCCGUAAUCGAAACCCCAAGACUCCGCCUCCGAACCCUCCAGGUCUCGGACGCCGAUGCCCUGCUGCCCACCCUCUCUUGCGAAGAGACCAUCGCUGGGCGUCUAACAAACCCCUCCAGAGCCUCGAGCAAGCAGAGCGCUGGCUUAGAGCCAGAGCACUCGGUCCAGACGUCCACAAGUUCGCCAUUGAGCUCCGCCCAGACCACUCCCAGCCCGAUGGGAACAACGCGAACCCAACCUUGAUCGGUGUCAUGGGCAGCCACGUCCCACCGAGAAUAGGCUACCUCAUCCACGCAGGCUACGCCACCGAGGCCCUUCGCGCCCUGGUCUCGCACCUCUUCACGCACAUCCCUUCCUCCAGCAGCGGCGACGGUAACGGGGGGACAACCGGGCUAGACUACCUCGAAGCCCUCACCGUCACCGCGAACGCAGCUUCUCAGAACGUCCUCAGGAAAUGCGGGUUUACUUACUGCGAGACGCUCGAAGGGGAGUUCGAGAGCUGGAGUAUGGGGCUCUGUGACUCUGCGGUGUACAGGAUCGCGCGGCCGGGUAUGACGCUCGAGCAGCUGGGCCUCUUGUCUGGGACGGAGGCGACGGUGGAGGAGAAUAUGGGCGGGCCGCUGCCGAUACAGUAG